GGAGAGGAGAGCGAGCGAGUUGAGGGAUUGACACAAAUGGUCAGGCGGCGGCGGCGGAGAAGGAGGCGGAGGCGCUGGGGGGAGCCGAGGCCGCUGGGCUGCCGAGAGUUGCGCGCUCUGCCCGGCCGCCGCCACUAGCGCGGCGCCGCCAGCCGGGAGCCAGCUAGCCGAGGGCCAGGAAGGCGGGACGCGACCCCUUCGCGCCCGAGCCACCAGGGCUCUCCCCACUGCCCGCGCUUCAUGAAUCGCAAGUUUCCGCGGCGGCGGCGGCUGCGGGACGCAGAGCGGGAGCCGGCGGAGAGGGCCGAGCGCAGCUCGGGCUCGACGGAGGGCACCGGAGGGGAGGAGAUCGCCCCAGCCGCAGAGGGAGCAGCCGCCCUCCGCGCCACCGCCAGCCCCAGCCGAGCGGCGCCAAGAAAGGAGCCGAGAAAGUAUGGCUGAGGAGGAGGCGCCUAAGAAGUCCCCGGCCGCCCCCGGCGGCGCGAGCUGGGAACUUUGUUCCGCGGCGCUCCGUACGGGACCGGGGGCAGAGGGGAGCGGGUACGCGGGCAGCCUCCGCCUCCCCCCGGCUGACUCCGGACGCUUGGCGCUCCGGCUGCUCCUACUGCUUUGGCUGCUGGAGGCUCCGCUGCUGCUGGGGGUCCGAGCGCAGGCAGCCGGCCAGGGGCCCGGGCCGGGGCAGCAGCCCCCGCCGCCUCAGCAGCAACAGAGCGGGCAGCAGUACAACGGCGAGAGGGGCAUCUCUAUACCGGACCACGGCUACUGCCAGCCCAUCUCCAUUCCGCUGUGCACGGACAUCGCGUACAACCAAACCAUCAUGCCCAACCUGCUGGGCCACACGAAUCAGGAGGAUGCGGGCCUCGAGGUGCACCAGUUCUACCCGCUGGUGAAGGUGCAGUGCUCUGCAGAGCUUAAGUUCUUCCUGUGCUCCAUGUACGCGCCCGUGUGCACUGUGCUGGAGCAAGCUCUGCCGCCUUGCCGCUCCCUGUGCGAGCGCGCGCGCCAGGGCUGCGAAGCGCUUAUGAACAAGUUCGGUUUCCAGUGGCCUGACACGCUCAAGUGCGAGAAGUUCCCGGUGCACGGCGCCGGCGAGCUGUGCGUGGGCCAGAACACUUCGGACAAGGGCACUCCUACGCCCUCGCUACUGCCUGAGUUCUGGACCAGCAACCCCCAACACGGCGGCGGAGGGCACCGGAGUGGCGGCUUCCCGGGGGGCGCCGGCGCGUCGGAGCGAGGCAAGUUUUCGUGCCCUCGCGCCCUCAAGGUGCCCUCCUACCUCAACUACCACUUCCUGGGGGAGAAGGACUGCGGCGCACCCUGCGAGCCGACCAAGGUGUACGGGCUUAUGUACUUUGGGCCAGAAGAGCUGCGCUUCUCGCGCACCUGGAUCGGCAUCUGGUCAGUGCUGUGCUGCGCCUCCACCCUUUUCACCGUGCUCACGUACCUGGUGGACAUGCGGCGCUUCAGCUACCCAGAGCGGCCCAUCAUCUUCCUGUCGGGCUGCUACACUGCAGUAGCCGUGGCCUACAUCGCCGGCUUCCUGCUGGAGGACCGGGUGGUGUGUAACGACAAGUUCUCCGAGGACGGGGCGCGUACAGUGGCGCAGGGCACCAAGAAGGAGGGCUGCACCAUCCUCUUCAUGAUGCUCUACUUCUUCAGCAUGGCCAGCUCCAUCUGGUGGGUGAUCUUGUCGCUCACCUGGUUCCUGGCAGCCGGCAUGAAGUGGGGCCACGAAGCCAUCGAGGCUAACUCGCAGUACUUUCACCUGGCCGCCUGGGCUGUGCCGGCCAUCAAAACCAUCACCAUCCUGGCGCUGGGCCAGGUGGACGGCGAUGUGCUGAGCGGGGUGUGCUUCGUGGGGCUCAACAACGUGGACGCGCUGCGGGGCUUCGUGCUGGCGCCACUCUUCGUGUACCUGUUCAUCGGCACGUCUUUCCUACUGGCCGGCUUCGUGUCCCUCUUCCGUAUUCGCACCAUCAUGAAGCAUGAUGGCACCAAGACAGAGAAGCUGGAGAAGCUUAUGGUGCGCAUCGGUGUCUUCAGCGUACUUUACACGGUGCCAGCUACUAUUGUCAUCGCCUGCUACUUCUAUGAGCAGGCCUUCCGGGACCAGUGGGAACGCAGCUGGGUGGCCCAGAGCUGCAAGAGCUAUGCCAUCCCCUGCCCCCACCUCCAGGCGGGUGGAGGCGCCCCGCCGCACCCGCCCAUGAGCCCUGACUUUACAGUCUUCAUGAUCAAGUACCUUAUGACGCUGAUCGUGGGUAUCACGUCAGGCUUCUGGAUCUGGUCGGGCAAGACCCUCAACUCCUGGAGGAAGUUCUACACUAGGCUUACCAACAGCAAACAGGGGGAGACCACCGUCUGAGACGGGGAGGGAGUGGAGGGUGUGGGCUCAGCCUUUUCCCAGCCCUAGGCCUGGUCCCAGACACCCGCGAAAGCUGCCGGGUGGAGUCUUGGCCAAGUCUGGCUGCUCGAGGCUUCUUCAUUAGCCUUGAGCUUUCCCAGGCUCCUUUUAACAAGGCUCCUGAAACGGUUUCUUUCUUGGGGGCAAAUGGACUGGAGGUUCCCAGCCAGCUGCCAGCCAGGGGACUGGACAGACCUCUCUUGCUCUCACAGCCGGUACCAGGACUGUACGCUUUUAUGAUUGUAAAUAGCCUGUGUAAGAUUUUUGUAAGUAUAUUUGUAUUUAAAUGA